GGGAGCUGCAUUCUAUCGCCAUGACAGAAGACCUGCAUCCUGCGACAGGCACGAUUUCCUCGGAACCCGCCGGAGUGCCUUCGCCGCCUGGUGCGGCGCCAGAACCACCCACGCGUCCAUCUUUGAUACGCAAGUUGCGCUUUUUGAUCCUGAAAUACAUGACCAAAGCCGCUACUGGCACAGACCGCACAAUUUUCCGCCUCGCAAAACUACUUUCGACUCCCGAAGGCACUGAUGCUCUUUUAUGCACAACAUGCUACACACUUACCCUAGUCCACGCACUCUUAUCCCGCCUCCUCGAGAAACGCCUAGCCAGCAUCGCGACUGAAAUCGCCGAGAAAGCAGACGGAGUGCUGUUUCCUGGCGAAACGCUCAUAGCGACCCUACCAGCACCCACCAGCACCAAACUUAUUGCCCAGACAGUAGGAAGUGCAAAGGUAGUGGCUGACCUCAUAUCCGACUAUCGAAUCUUUGUGCGUUUAUGGAGUUUGGUGGGUAUAUACACUUGGGGGAGAAGGACGUACCAGGACCGCUUACCUGAGAAUGCUGGCGGAAAGGAAAAGACACUGCGUGCCUUGACAUGGGCAUCUAUCACGUCGUGCGUAGUCUGUCAAGUUCUCGAGGCUGGUGCAUAUCUCAGCUCAAAGGGAGCCUUGACAUCGGCGAGGUGGACCGGCGACGCGGGAAAGGCACGGGAGAAUGAAUGGUGGAUCUGGAGUGCGCGGUUCUGGGCGGCGUAUGUUGGUAUUGAAGUUGCUCGUCUCGGUGUCAUGCGAUACAAUCGCUCGCCGUCUUCCUCGGCGGCUGUGGUCAACGGAGAUGGAGAAAAAGAGGAUAAGAUUAGAUUGACAGAGAGUUUAAGAGCGGAAAAGGAAGAGAAUUGGGUUUGGUGGAAAGAUCUGGUGUCGAAUCUUGCAUACGCCCCGAUGACACUGCAUUGGUCGCUAGAGGAGGGGCUCCUCGGCAAUGCGGGCAUAGGCAUUUGCGGCAUGGUUGCGGGUGGAUCUAUGCUGGUUGAUGCAUGGAGCAAGACUGCAUAGACGGCUCCAGAUACCUCUCAUCCUAUCGUAAGUCCCACGUGAGGAUGACAAGAAGCUAUUAAAAAUAGCCGCUUCUGCAUGCACCAUUGCGGCCGGUGAUACGGCAGCAGAGUUCGCCCAGGGGGUGGAGGAAGAAAGAUACACGGAUAUAUACCCUUUGCUACACUCGGUCAAUAAACUCAAUUGAACAAGAAGAAGCAAAUCUUGACUUGAUCCU